CAAACGGAAUAUCAACUCCCCCACCCCUCAACCCACCAUGCACGGUAAGUAUUUUGCCAUCGGCAUCAGCUCAUUUUCUUUGGUACAUCUGUGGUUUGAGUCAUAUUCGCAAGUUUCUUCCCCUUUCUCUGGAUAUUCAUCGCAGACAUUGUUCUUUCCCCUCUGUCUAAAUAUUCUCUCCCCUCUUUGAGCCUGGGCUCAGGUAGUCUUGCAUAAGUGAUCUCUCUACUUCCACUUGGCACAUUUCCAUACAAUGGCUGCAUCUCCUCACCCCAAAUCUAUCCUUAUCCUAGGCCACGGUGUAUUCGGACUAUCCACAGCAUACGCACUCUCUCUCCGUCCCUCCUUCGCAAACACAAGCAUCACCCUCCUCGACCGUUCUCCCUUCCCCUCUCCCGACGGCUCCUCCAUCGACUCAUCCCGCAUAAUCCGAGCCGACUACCACGACGCCGCAUACGCAGCUCUCGCAGAAGAAGCGCAGAAGAUCUGGCGACAGCAAGGACCGAAUGAUCUCGGCGGGGAGGGCAGAUACACGGAAAGUGGAUUGGUGUUAGUAGCGAAUAAGGGCGAGCAGGGAGAGGAGUAUGUGAGGGGGAGUCUGGAUAACGUUGCUAGGAUAGCGAAAGAUCUUGGUGAUGAAGGUGCCGUGCAGGAAUUCAAGCGAAGAGCUGAGAUCGAAGAGGCUGUUGGGGCCGGGGGAGGAAGUGGGGAUUGGGGAUAUAUCAAUCGGAGGAGUGGAUGGGCAGAUGCCGAAGCUGGUAUGCUCUGGCUUAGGAAGAAAGUCGAAGCUACCGGGAGAGUGGUUUUCAAACAGGGCGAGGUAGUCUCCCUUGUCAAAGAUGGCAGGAGAGUUACAGGUGCCAAAUUGGCAUCUGGGAAGGUAGAGAGUGCGGAUUUGGUUAUUCUAGCGACAGGAGCUUGGUCUGGGAAACUGGUUGAUCUCCGAGGACGCGCUCAGGCUACUGGACAAGUACUUUGCUACCUUGACCUCACCGCAGAAGAGCAGGAGAAGCUCUCCAAGUGUCCUGUAUUACUCAAUAUGAGUACAGGCAUGUUCAUCAUUCCUCCUUCAAACCGGGUUCUCAAAGUAGCGCGGCACGGGUAUGGGCUUUCGAAUCCUAAGUCAAUACCAUCUCCAGAUGACCCAUCUGAGAAAAUCUCUGUUUCGCUACCUAAAACUACCCACGACGACCCAAACCUCUGGGUUCCUCAAGAAGGCGAGAGAGCAUGUCGCAAAGCCCUGCGAGAAAUGAUCCCCUCACUCGCCGAACGGCCAUUUACCAAGAGCAAGAUUUGCUGGUACACGGAUACACCGAAUGGAGAUUUCAUCAUCACGUAUCACCCUGACUAUGAAGGGCUAUUCUUAGCAACAGGAGGGAGUGGCCAUGGGUAUAAAUUCCUGCCUGUUAUUGGCGAUCGGAUUGUGGAUUGCGUGGAGGGCAAGUGUCCUGAGGAGUUCAAGGAGAAGUGGAAAUGGCCGGCGGAGUGCGUCGAUGAUUGUGUUACUAUGGAUGGGAGUCGAGGGGGAGUGCCUGGCUUGAUACUGGAGGAUGAGUUGAGGAAGGGGAGCAAACUUUAG